CCAGACAUCCGCAGUACUAUCAGCAGCUUCCAGUACCCUAUGAUGCGGAAGGGACAUUUAACGUUAGUUCACGACGGAAACAUUUUUUAAAAGAUUUUGCUGACUCUUAUGGAAGCCGAGACUGUGGUAAUGCUGCCUCCCAAGAACUGCAUCCCCAGAAACUACAGUUGUAUCGCUGGGCUUUUCGGAAGCUUGGCGACAGCGCAGAAGCUGGAGGACGGAGAAGACGACAUGGAGGAAGAGGAGGUCAAGAAUGGAGACUGUGAAGCGUUACAAAUCAGCGUAGUAAAUACAAAACCGAGAGGGAGAGAGUCGUUCCUGAAGCCCCCGCACAGCCCGACUCAGCGCCGCAGGUGCAAGUCUCUCCCGACAUCGGCUGAAAGGGCCAAAUUAGAAAUCGCUCGAAGCCGGAGCCCAAGCAGUCAAAAAAAGGUGAGAUUCGCAGACUCUCUGGGACUGGAUCUGAUUUCCUUCAAGCACUUUGAUGACACGGAUAUGCCUGAGGUUCCAGAUCGCAUUAUUGAUAGAUUCAAAAAAAGCCAGAGCUUUCCACUGAAUAACUUCGACAACACGUCAAGCCAUCCGUCUGUGUUUAUGGAGCUGCUCUUUACAAACCCAGGAUCCCUGCCUGACUUCCAGGACAGAGUCAAUGCAGGAAAGGUGUUGCUGGAGUCUGUUCAUGCUGAUGAGUUCUGCAUCUCGGGGGUCGUGCGCGUUCUCAACCUGGCUUUCGAGAAAAGCGUCUAUUUGAGGUACACCUUGAAUAACUGGACAUCCUUUACGGAUAUUCUGGCCUUUUACAUCCCCCAUUCUAACGACGGGGAGACCGACCAGUUCAGCUUCAAAAUCAUCACCCCGACCUUUCUGGAGUUUGGAGGAACGCUUCAUGUUGCCAUCAAGUACUGCGUAGGAGGUUGCGAAUUUUGGGAUAACAACAGUGGGAAUAAUUAUAAAGUAAGACGCCACAGAUUUAAAAUUUCUCCUCCGAGGGAAUGAAACGGCUGGAUCCAUUUCAUUUAA